AUGGGCGACCCGACGCCGCCGGCGUGGAUGGCGGCCGCGGCCCGCAAGUGGCUCGAGGACGCCGGCGCCAUCGGGAAGGGCGACGGCCGCAGGGCGUUCAACGCUCUGCCGCUGUCCGGCGUGCGCGUGGCCCUCGCCGAGCGCGGCCGCGCCCUCUGCUCGCUCCGCGUGCCCGCCCACCUCACCGACGCGGAGGGGAAUUGGCACGCGGGGGCGAUCGCUGCGGCGAUGGACGACGUCUGCGCGGCGGCGAUCAUGUCGGUGGAGGGCAUCAUCAAGGUCUCCGUCCAUUACGACAUCUCCUACUUCGCACCAGCCAAGCACCAUGACGAAGUGGAGAUGGAUGGGAGGGUGGUCGACCGGAAAGGGAGGAUGACGGCGGUGACGACGGAAGUCCGCAAGAAGGACACUGGCGAGCUGGUGGCGAUUGGGCGGCAGUGGAUGACCACGUCUAGACCAAAGGGAGCUCAAGGAAGCAAGCUAUGAUAAACUUGUUGCGCUAUAUUCCCGAACAAACUAAUGCUAUGACAUUUUCAGCCGCAGCACACCCAGCAUUAAGGGCACAUUCUCAUCAUGGCCCAAACUAAGCAUUAACUCCACAUGAUAGCAUUCCACUUCAGACGUUUUUCAGUUUCAUUCAAGUCACAUUUUCUGAAGUUGCAGAAUUCUUGUUUUAGUUGCAUC